AUGUUGCCCAGAGUUUCCGCAUUGGCCAAAUGUAUGGCAACUGUCCAUCGUCGUGGGCUACUUACCAGUGGUGCACAAUCAUUAGUCUCCAAACCAGUUUCCGAAGGAGAUCCAGAAAUGUUCGACAUCUUGCAACAAGAACGUUUCAGACAAAAGCACUCAAUUACUUUAAUUCCAUCAGAAAACUUCACUUCGAAGGCUGUCAUGGAUCUGUUAGGUUCUGAGUUGCAAAACAAGUAUUCUGAAGGUUAUCCAGGCGAAAGAUACUACGGUGGUAAUGAAAUCAUCGAUAAGUCCGAAUCGUUGUGUCAAGCAAGAGCUUUGGAACUGUACGGAUUAGAUCCUGCCAAAUGGGGGGUUAACGUUCAGCCAUUGAGUGGGGCUCCUGCCAAUUUGUACGUUUACUCUGCUAUCAUGAACAUUGGUGAAAGAUUGAUGGGAUUGGAUUUACCAGAUGGUGGUCACUUGUCACAUGGAUACCAAUUGAAGUCGGGAACACCUAUCUCUUUUAUUUCCAAAUACUUCCAAAGUAUGCCGUACCAUGUUGACCAUACUACUGGGUUGAUCGAUUACGAUAAUUUGCAAGUGUUGGCCAAGGCAUUCAGACCAAAAGUCAUUGUUGCCGGUACGUCCGCAUAUUCGAGAUUAAUAGAUUACGCCAAAUUUGAGGAAAUCUCUCAGGAAUGCGGUGCAUACUUAAUGAGUGAUAUGGCACACAUUUCCGGUCUGGUAGCAGCCAAUGUUGUUCCAUCUCCAUUUGAAUACUCUGAUAUUGUCACAACAACCACACAUAAGUCCUUGAGGGGCCCAAGAGGCGCCAUGAUUUUUUUCAGAAAGGGUAUCAAGUCUGUCACCAAAAAGGGCAAAGAAAUCCCAUAUGAGUUGGAAAAAAAAAUCAAUUUCUCUGUGUUCCCAGGCCAUCAAGGUGGCCCUCAUAAUCAUACCAUCGGUGCAAUGGCAGUAGCAUUAAAACAGGCCAUGUCUCCAGAAUUCAAAGAGUAUCAACAAAAAAUUGUUGAUAACAGCAAAUGGUUUGCUCAGGAGCUAACUAAGAGGGGCUAUAAGCUGGUUUCGGGAGGUACCGAUAAUCACUUGAUUGUCAUUGACUUAUCCAGCACUAACGUGGAUGGUGCCCGUGUGGAAACUAUUUUGAGUGCUUUGAAUAUUGCUGCUAACAAGAACACUAUCCCAGGCGACAAAAGUGCUCUUUUCCCCUCUGGUCUAAGAAUCGGUACUCCAGCGAUGACCACCAGAGGAUUUGGUCGUGAGGAAUUUUCUCAAGUUGCCAAAUACAUUGAUUCUGCCGUUAAGUUGGCUGAAAACUUGAAAGCUUUGGAACCAACAACAAAACUAGAUGCAAGAUCAAGACUCAAUGAGUUUAAGAAAUUGUGCAAUGAAUCUAGUGAAGUUGCCAGUUUGUCUGAGGAAAUUUCCAAUUGGGUGGGCCAAUACCCCGUCCCAGGUGAAGUCUAA